GUCAGCGCGUCCCUGUGCGUGGGCUUGUGGGCUUCGCUUGUCGUCGCAGUCCCGGUAGCUGAGGGACGGAAAAUGGCGACCAGUUACUCUCCGAAAGACGACGAUGUGCACCAGCACCGGAGCCGGAAACCGGACAACACGGCGUUCAAACAGCAGCGCCUUCCCGCCUGGCAGCCCAUCCUGACGGCCGGCACGGUGCUGCCCGCCUUCUUCAUCAUCGGCCUGGUCUUCAUCCCCAUCGGCAUCGGCCUCUUCGUCACCUCCAACAACAUCAAGGAGUUGGAGAUUGAUUAUACUGGCACCGAGACAGAUUCCCCUUGUCAUAAAUGUGCAAUGAAUGGUACAUGGAACAUUACGUGUGAAUGUGAAGUCCCAUUCCAGCUGGAGCAACCAUAUGAGGGAAAUGUUUUCAUGUAUUAUGGAUUAUCAAAUUUCUACCAGAAUCACAGGCGAUACGUCAAAUCAAGAGAUGACAGUCAGCUUAAUGGAGAUAAAAGCUCCCUAACUAAUCCCAGUAAGGAAUGUGAACCAUACCGCACAUCUGACGGACUACCUAUUGCCCCCUGUGGAGCUAUUGCAAACAGUCUUUUUAAUGAUACUUUAAAGCUAUACUACAUGGACAAUGGCACUAAAACAGAGAUUAUUUUGAUCAAAAAAGGCAUUGCGUGGUGGACAGACAAGAAUGUUAAGUUCAGGAACCCAACUGGAGAUUACAAUUUAUCUUAUAUCUUUACAGGUACUACAAAACCAGUGAACUGGCCUAAACCAGUGUAUGAACUGGAUCCAGAUGAAAAAGACAACAAUGGAUUCAUUAAUGAGGAUUUCAUCGUGUGGAUGCGCACAGCAGCUCUUCCCACUUUCCGCAAGCUAUAUAGACUUAUUGAGAAAAAGGAUUCACUUGCUCCAACGCUGCAACAUGGAAAUUAUACUCUGCACGUUACCUACAAUUAUCCGGUUGAUAGCUUUCAUGGCCGAAAAAGAAUGAUCUUGAGCACCAUUUCGUGGAUGGGAGGAAAGAAUCCAUUCCUGGGGAUGGCGUACAUCACUGUUGGUUCCAUCUGCUUUGUUCUGGGAGUCGUAUUGCUGUUCAUCCACCACAAAUAUGGAAACCGCAACAGCAGCACUGAUAUUACUAAUUAGUGGCUUUUGCAUGUCCAGCAAGUCAAGAGUUUCUAAGGUUGAUGAAGCCUCAGAAAACUAAGAUGAUUUGACUCUUGUCUUCAGUGCAUUGUCAGUAUCUGAACUCUUCCUGAAUGUGUUCAGAAUCUUUGAUUUGCAAGUGAAACCUUGUAGUGCAGAAUUGCUUCACCACUUUUCUUACAACUUAAGUUAAUAACUAUAGCUUGAAAUCUGUGUAUAUGGAUGUUAAUAGUUUUGAUGGUAUAAAUUACUUUUUAUGUUUCUUCCGAAGACAGGUAAAAUUAAGUCAGACCAAAAAUUAAAUAUGAGAAUACUGUGGAUUGUUAGCCAAUGAGAUGGGCAGGUCAUUUUGUUGUGCAUUGGAAGAUUAUUUGUCACUCCUUGUUGCCUCUUUGCUCUCCAGCAUUAAUGCACUGUAGCUCACUCACGUUCAUACUUAGUAAGACACAUCCAUGCUCAAAUGUAUAAAUAAUUGCCAACAUGCCCUGUUAGUGUCUGUGCAGAACUUUUCUCCUUGUAAAAAAUUUUUGCAAUCAUUUUGCUUGCAUUCCUUAUUAUUAUCCUUACUAUAUCCUCAUUACAUUCAAGAGUAAGCCACUAAUGCAAUAUUGAAGUUUAAGAGGUCUGAUAGGGGAUGGAUUCAAUCGUCCAAUGCAAAAAUGUUACUGAAUUAGUUUGCUAUGGCAUGAAGCGGAUUCAAAUUGUUCUGGUUUUCAGGAGAGGGAAAAGCAUUCUGUGCUGAAGCGGAAGUUAGAAUUUUGGGGACCAAAGUUUUCCUUAACUGUUGUAACCUGCAGUCUGUUAUUACCCUUUGGUAUUAAAGAGCAUUUUGGGAAAUAAAUUCAUGUCUUCUUAGAAGAAUAUCCGUGGUCAAAUAUUGGAGAGUGAAUAUAAACUGAUUUGGUAGCCACUUGGAUGUUUUCCCAGUUGUAAUGUGUUAUUUUUCAAUUCAAAUGACAUUUACUAGUCUGAUGUGCUUGCAUUGCUUGUGCUGGAAAUUAAUUUUGUGCAGAUAAGGGAAGAGGAGAUUAUAUGUCUUUGUAGUUAGCAAAUGAGUGUGCUUUCCAAUUCCUCAAUUUUCUUUUGGACAAUAUUAAGUGUGGAACUUUUUGUGGAGGUGAUUGAACAAAUAUGAGGUACUCAAGGAAGUACGUGCCACCCCACAAGAUAAAUCAGUCAAGCAAAAUUGAUUCAGAGUAUUGCCUCAGCUGCUGUUGGAAAAAAAUGCAUGUAAAAUGAAUGUAAUUAAAGAUUAUUUAUCACA